AUGGGUAUCUGUGUACACUAUCCCAUCGGCCGCUGUAUAGCUGGAGACCAAUGCCAGAAAAAGCAUAUAGGUCCUUAUCAGCCUUUCCCUUGUAAGAACUUCAUCUUCUAUGGUAAAUGCAAGUGGGGAUUGAAGUGUCAAUUUGGACACCCAGCUCCCGUUCCUGCAGAGAGCCCUGAGCCUAGUCGUCCUGCCUGCAAGAACUUUCUUUCAAGACGUGGAUGUAGAUACGGAUCUCAGUGUAUUAGUUACCAUCCCGCUCCGACAGAUAAGGUAGCUUCUAGUGCUACUUCAGCUCUUCAACAUUCUCAAUCUACCGUGGCUACAACGGAGAAUUUGCAGACCACAAAAAUUGACACUAUCAAGUCGCCCAAGGCAAAGCCUGCCAAUACAACAGUUGCUCCUUUGAUGAACUUUCGCUCUGCUCGAGUUCGUCCACAGAAGUAUAAAGUCACCCCCACUACACCAAAUGUUUCAAAGGAUGAAGGUUCUACCGACGUCCAAAUAUCUAAGGAUAAGCCUGUUGGUGAGAUGACCAUGCUGGCAUCACCAAAGGAGUUUGGAGUAAUGCCAACACUUCCACUUGCGGAAUCUACUACGACUAUGCCAAUGGCUUCAAAGACCACGACGGCUACCAACGCUGAAUUGUCCGAGAAGGAGCCUGUCAAUACAACGACCGUUGCAUCAAAGAUUUCUAAUUCUGCUCCAGUCCUUAUGCAAGCUCAAGCAACCAUGGACAUCCCGGCUGUUCCAAGCACCGCAGCUACCGUCAAUAUGGACUCUGCUUAUAAAAAGCCUGCUGGCAAGAUUCCUGCUCCAUCAAUUGAUCCAGAUUCUUAUGAAAAUUCUCUAUCGCCCACCAAGCUUACAUCCGUUUCAAACGGUACAAGUGAUACUGGUGCUACCAACACUGAUUCCUCCAACGAUCAGCCGGGUGGUAGAAUUACAACUCCAUCAGAGAGUUCUGAUUCUACUCCCGAAACUCCAUCGUUCCAGGUGCUCACACCUGCUUCUACCAGCAUUGGCAGUGCAGAUGAUAUUGGCUAUGUAUUUUCAAGCGAUAUCACACCGAUGAGCGAUAGUUCCGAUUCAGUCCGAUCUGCGACUCAAAGCCCAUCACCCAUUGAUGAUGCGCUCGACACCUCAAUGUCUACUGUUCCAGAUGACUCGCCUACUCCAGUCAAGCCAGUUCCAUUUGACCAGUCGAUUGAUGAAGCACCUAUCAAUGGUAUGAACAAUACCAUGCUACCCACGAUUCCUGCGGAGACAUUGAUUGCUUCAUCCUACACAGUACCGAUCGAAUCUCCUGUCGAUUCUGAACAAGCAUCUGUGGUUCAAUCUACAGAUCCAGUUUUAUCGGCAAACAAAUCAUCCAACCAGACGACCACAGUAGCACUCAUGGAGGAAAAACAAAUCUCUGUCAUGGAGCAUGUGUCCACAGACUAUCAAUCAGCUGUGGACAACCUGUCCCGUGUAGUUGUAGACUGGUCGGCCACAUUAGAACCCUCCAAUCUUGAGUUGUCAGGACCUGGCAUUUACGAUCGUCAAGCUAGUCACACUGAAAUCCUAUUUUCAUGGCCCCAAGAAUGGAAUGUGCCGGCCAACGACAUGAUCAAUACUCUUAUUCAUCUCGCAUCAACCUGGGGAGAGCUUUCCCCAUACCAACCCAUUCAUCGCAACAUGGGUUCGUGGCAUUCCCUUCAGAUCACAUUUCGACACCGCCACGAAGCUGCUGCUGCGGCUGCCGCAAUCAAUGGACAUUUGAUCACCGCGGUUGGUGCAAGCAUGAGCAUUCAUGUAACAGUUAGCCAUCAAAUCGCAGUGCAAUACAUGAUACCUCGAUACAUCAUCGAUUCACUAGGUCGCCAGAACCAAGGAAACCUUCAUCAAAUCUUCAGACAGAAUUCUUGCCAGCUUCAUUGGGGAGACUCAUACCGUGCUGAUUAUUCUGGCGAGAAGCUCAUGGAGGUAACAAUCAUGGGUACAUGCGAGGAGAAAGUUGUGCAAUGUAAGGCAGUUCUCGAGGAUCUUCUUCGAGGUAGAGUUUUGACUCAUGAGGAAGGUGAUAAUAGACCUCUUUGGCAUAAAUUCUUUAAGACAGAGGAGGGAGCAAAUUGGAUUAGAGAGGCGACGACGAAUGUUUUUGAUAUGAAGGUUCGGGCGGCAAAGCUUGCGAAUUUAGAUAUCUUGAUGGUUUAUGGAUCGAGUGAGUGGUCAAGAGCUCGAUUUGGAGCACUGGUUAAGAAGAAGAUUGCGGGGUUGGAGGAGGCUUCUAUAAUUACAGCUGCUGUUACGGAAGAGUUGAGGUUGAUGAGACUAAGGGUUAAGGUUUAA